AUGGCACCCACGGCGCUUGACAACUUCGUAACUGCUUUGCGGCAGGGCCAGAGGCCUACUACCGAAGAUGCCGACAAAGUGGACCUGCUGUUUCCCAUGUACACAGUCCGAAUCGACGUGCUGCUGCACAUGGCGGUCGUUAGAGCCCAUGAGGAGCUGCUCUGCGAGGGCCACCUUACAGAGUACCAGGAAGAUCUGGGGAGGGCCAUUUUCGUGUCCCAUGAGUGGAUGAGUGCGGACCAUCCGGACCCUAAGGGGGAGCAGCUCAAGGUCCUGCAGGAUGCGUUGCGUAACCUUCUGUCUGGCAGCUGCCGAAUCCGUACGUCGGCCGUGACCGAGCUCUGCUUCGGCAAAGUGAGAACUCCAACACCUCAGGAGCUGCGCGAAAAAUCGCUGUAUGUGUGGUACGACUAUCUCAGCUGUCCACAAGGCUCAGACGCAGAAGCAGUUUCGGGUCGACAGAGGGCGAUUGACACGAUUGUUGCCUAUGUUGCACGGUGUCAGUACUUCGUCGUCCUCUGCCCGGCUCUUGCCCACCAUGAUCGUAACCAGAUCAUUGAUACGGAAAGCCUAAACCGACGAGCGUGGUGCCGCGCUGAGAGGCUUGCUCGAGAGCUGGGAGAACGUGGGGAUGGUCAAACCGUCGUGAUCGAGAGUGCCGGGCAUCAGAGCCUGGUGAUUCCCACACAGCUGCAUUUGGCUGCUCCAGGCACAGGGGAGCUCACAUUUGAGCAGGAUCGCCCCCGCAUCAGGCGGCUGGUGCUGCAAAUGAUCUGGAAGAAGUUGUUGUAUUUCCUUGAGCGAGGUGAUCUUCACAGCUAUCGCUUCCUCUUGAACAAGCAACAUGCUUGUUGCCUUCAGGGCCUAGACACCCAGCCGCUUGAAGGCUUGAUUCCGGACUUUCGGCCACGGAAGGAUCCAUUCCUGAGCCCAGGAAGCUGUGCUGUAGAGCGGUUUUUGCACGAAAACGGUUUCUGCACAAUCCAAGACCGUGACACUGCUGGAUGGACCCCGCUAUGCUAUGCUGUGAUGACUGGUGACUCAUCGUUGGUUGCAGCCCUGCUGGAACAUGGCGCAAACAGCAAUGAUUCCAUCACCAAGAGCAAGAGAGAGCUACUGUUCCCAAAGAAGAUGUCCGUAUUGUCCAUAGCCGCCCACUUUCGCAGUAACGAGACACUCCAAGUGCUCUUAGCUGCAAGGGCAAAUGUGAAUGCCCGCGACAGCUUCAAGACGACUGCAUUGCAUUGGGUUUGUACGUCAGAUAACUCUGAAGGUUUCCAACUUCUGGUUGACGCAAAUGGCGAUUUGCAACAACAGGAUGGUCUGGGAUUUGACAUCUUCAAGACAGCCUGUGCUAAUGGUUCCUACCGAAUUCUCACCAAGAUGCUCGCUGAGCCUCAUGAUGACAUCAGCCUGCGCAGCUGCUUUCACUGGGCGCUCUUGAUUGGAGGGGGGUCGAGGGAUGCCAUUUCCCUUCUCAUCUCAGCCAAAGCAGACGUUAACGAGACGUGGGACUUGACGUCGUCCAGGCUCCUAAAGGCGGCACUGACAAUGUAUGGUGUCCGGCAUCGCAUUCGACCUUCAAGGCUCACGAUGUUGGCCUAUCACCACGUGGGAUCCACGCCGCUUAUGCUCAGCAUCCUGAACGGGUAUUUCGGAGCCACCCUCCUGCUAUUGGAGGCCAGGGCGCAGGUGGACAAGAAGAACAGUCGGGGGCGAACAGCGCUCCAACUAGCCCAGGAGGCACAGGCGCCCUGCCCGGUCUAUCAGGCUAUGGAGUCCGAACUGCAAAGGGAGGAGGAUUCAACGGAGGAAAUUUUCUCCGUCUGA